AUGGCUGACCAACAACUGUCUAACAACUCGCCCAGCACGCCUUCGGCUGCUCUUUCCCUGCCGCCGCCCGUACUUUCGCCCGAGGCGGAAGCAUGGCUCUCAUCCAACAAUCUCAAUGAAUUCGUGCCAUUCCUUCGUGAGGCGGGCUUCAUAGACAUCGAUUCCAUCUCCACAAUCACCGAAGCAGAUGCUGAGGCGAUUGGCAUUUCGCAGCUGGGCGCUCGGCGUCGUCUGGUGCGCGCGAUCCAGAGGCUGGCCACGACCCUCCCGCCCUCACCGCUCCCGCAUCCGCAUCUCACCCCACAGCACGCCGGCUCCCCGUACGGCGCCAUGCCGCACGGCCUCGUGGGCUCGCCCGUCGACAUGGACGACGAUGCCCUCUCGCCAAACUCGAAGAAGAAGCGCGGCCCAAUGCGGUGCGGCAAGUGCCAUCAGUGGAAGAAGACGUGCCACGGCCACUGCACGGUGCGCUGCACGUCGUUUGCCACCUGCCCCACACGCCACCGGAGAGCCCACCCCGAGCUCAAGGAGGAGGAGAAGGAGCAGCGACGGCGGGAGGAGGAGGAACGCAAGCGCAAGCGAGACGACGAGAAGGAGGAGAAGCGAAGGGAGAAGAAGGUGCGCAACGAGGAAGAGGAGGAGGAGGGCGACCACCCGCAGCAUCACCCUCAGCAACCUCAGGUCCAGCACCAGCAGCAACCAUCACAGCAGCAGCAGCAGCAACCACAACAGGUGCAGCCCGUCCAGCCGCCGCCUCUCGACAGCCAGACCGCCUGA